GAAAAAGAAAACCUUUAAAGAAAGUGUUUCUUGUGUUUUUAAUUAUAAAAAAAUAUGAUAUAUUUUUAAAUAUUGUUGCUAAACUAUUUUAAAAUUUAAUAUUUUAUAAUACAUAAUUUAAAAAUGAGAAACUUGUUGAUUUUAAUCAUGGCCGAUAUUUCAUCACAAUCGGGACAAUUGAGAACAAAAUUGGGUGAUAUCGUUGAACACAGUUCGACGGCUCUAAAUGAAGCAACAGAAGUCACAAAAGGACUACGUAAUGUGGUUGGAUGGUUAAAACAGGCCUCCAUUGAAGUGCGCGAAGCUGGCAAACGAGCUGUCUCACAAAUACAUAACACAAAUCCAAAUUUUACCCCCAGUUUUGAUUUGGAAGAAACGUAUUACAUCGCACACGCAUCUUACCGUAAACAAGAAUCCGCCUACGAUACAAAAUCGUUAUCAAAUCAGGAUCUUAUACCGCAUACACGCCACUCUCUCAGCCAGCCCCAAAGUCCUCGGGCUCGUGGUCGUAAAGAUAAUUUUACUGCCGGCUAUCAUCGUUCCACUUCGGUUAUAACGCAAUUGGAAAAAUCGAAAAUACUUUUGAAAAUGUCGGAUAAGAAUGAUAAACCCUUGUGUAUUUUACAUUACAACGAUGUGUAUAAUGUAGAUGUGACCACAGAAGUGGAACCCAUUGGUGGUGCGGCUCGAUUUUGUACAGCCAUUAAAACAUUUCAAGAUGAGGAUCCUUUGGUACUGUUUAGUGGUGAUAUCUUUUCGCCCAGCAUGUUAAGUACUUUUACCCAGGGUGAACAAAUGGUGCCGGUACUGAAUGCGGUUGGUACACAUUGUGCGGUUUUUGGUAAUCAUGAUUUUGAUCAUGGUCUCGACGUAUUAGUGGAGCUAAUAAAAAAGACCCCCUUCCCGUGGCUCAUGUCGAAUGUCGUGGACAAUGAAACGGGUCGACCACUCGGUGGUGGCAAGAUCUCACAUUUUAUAUUUCAUAAUCAAAUCUCAAUUGGUCUCAUCGGUCUAGUGGAACGUGAAUGGCUUGAAACCUUACCAACCAUAGAUCCUAAAGAAGUCACAUACAUAGAUUAUGUAGAAGCAGGCAACAAAUUAUCCACUGAAUUAAGAAACGAAGGCUGUGAAUUAAUUAUCGCUCUCACUCACAUGCGUACGCCGAACGAUGUAAAUUUAGCGGAAAAUUGUCCCGGCAUUGAUCUCAUUUUGGGUGGUCACGAUCAUGUUUACGAAAUUAAAGUGGUGAAUGGUAUAAAUAUCAUAAAAUCGGGUACAGAUUUUCGACAAUUUUCGAAAAUCGUUAUCGGCAAGGAUCGAGAUGAGAAUGGUCGUAUUAAAAUUGAUGUCCAAGCCGUAGAUGUUACAGCGAAAUAUGAGGAAGAUGUUGAACUGAAAACUGAAUUGGCUAAAUAUUCCGAGGUAAUAGAGGCUAAAAUGACUGAGGUUUUGGGAAACUUUGGUGUAGAACUGGAUGGUCGUUUUUCGGCCAUUCGUACACAAGAAACGAAUCUGGGUGAUUGGGUGUGUGAUGUAGUGCUGGCUGCUACGGGUGCCGAUGUUGUUAUAAUUAAUUCGGGUACAUUUAGAUCAGAUCAAAUACAUCCACCGGGUCCAUUUACCAUGAAAGAUUUGGUGAAUAUAAUACCGAUGAGAGAUCCAUUAAUACUAAUAGAAGUAACGGGCAAAUGCUUGUAUGAAGCUUUAGAGAAUUCGGUAUCGAGUUAUCCAAAACUUGAAGGAAGAUUUCCUCAGGUAUCUGGCGUUAUAUUUGCCUUUGAUCCCACUAAACCGCCCGGUCAAAGAAUCGAUUCUCAAUUGGUGCAAGUGGGCGAUGAGUAUUUAAAUAUGCAACAGACAUAUAAAAUCUGUAUUAAAAGUUAUAUUUAUAAUGGCUGUGAUGGCUUCACUAUGUUUAAGGAUGCUAAAGUAUUGAUGGAUGAUGACUCCUGCCCUGAACUUGGUUUAACAGUACAAAAUCAUUUUAAAGCAAUCAAUCUACGUACCGGCAAAGGUGGCCAUCACACUAAGCAUCGACAGUCCUUGGUCACACUGUCCCGCCGUCACAGUAUGGUCCAAAUGUUAGAUAAUUUAGAAUUGGAUGGCCCCUCGCCCAUACGCAAAUUAUCGGCCGGCCAUCAAGCCAAAUCAAUAGAUCUAUCCAACACGAAUUGCUCAAAAAUGUUACGUCGUGCUUCCUUAGAUGAUUUAGAACAGGCCAGUUGUCAAUUGGCUCCCAAAAUACAGCAUAGAAUAAUACGCAUACAAAAUCCCGAGCAUUAUAACCAACUACUCAUGAAAAAGGAGACUUCGAUUAAAAACUCCACUAUCACCGAAGCUGAUGAUGAAUAGAUUUAAUUCGAAUAAAUGUGUAAAAUAAAAUUUAAUUCCAUUAACACUUAAUUAACCGAUACUACUACUCCUCGUAUAAACUAAAAUGAACAUAAAACAAAAAAUAUGACAAAUGAAAAUAUAGAAUUUAUAAACUCAAAAUUAACAAACCAAAAAAAAAACGCGCAAAUUGAAUGAAUUUAAAUUUUAAAAUAGCAUUUCUUUAAUAAUUUUAUUUCGAAUAUACAUAUAUAAAUGUCUGUCACUGUGGUUGUUAAUGUACUUUCUUUUGUUGUUUUUUAUUUGUUUUAAUUUAUAAUUAUUGUUAUAGAAAACCAGAAUUUAUUUAUAACUUGAAAAAAAAAAAUAACUAUGCCUUUUUUAUUAUAAAUACUAACACUAAUAUAAUUUAGAGAAAUUAUAAAUUUAUAAACUAAACUAAAAGCUAUAGUUUUGCAUAGAAUUUCAGCAUACAUUUUUAGUAUUUUUGUAUUUUAAAUUUACAAAAUGGAAUUUAAAAAUUUUAAUUUAAAUUUUAUUUAAAAUCUGAAAAUUGUUUAAUCAUUUUUCCUUUAAAUACAUAUUAAAGGGUCUUCCAAUAAGGACUUCCGAACUUUGUCACUUGAUAGCAAUCAUAUUGUUGAAGCUAAUCUGUCAAAUCACCACGCAUGACCAUAUACAACUACGUCAGUCCGCUGAAUGGGCUAUUAAGCAGUUGGAAACUUACCCUAAUUUUCUUCAGAAAAUCAUAUUCAGCGAUGAGGCCCUUUAUAUGAACGUUCUGGGCACAAUUGUUUUUUUAACCAUUAAUUUAACAUUUAUAUAUUAUAAGGUUAAAUUUGGACUAAUUUUCCAAAGUCAACUAUAGAAAAAAGUUCCUAAUUUCCUCAAGACUAUUUGCGAUUAUGUAAAUGCAAACAUACUUUUCAAAUAAUACUGCUAAUUCCAUGCAAACUAUUUGCUAAUUAAAAUGAUAUUAAAAACUAAAAACCUAACAAAAAAAAUACAUCUUAGUUUUAAAAGAAAAGCUUUAAAUACAACAAAAUUAUUUAUACAAAAUAUUAAAACAUCAACUGUAGGAAUGAAUGAUGAAGAAUGAUGUAACAACAAUGAUUGUUAUAAAGAAAAAAAAAAUUAUUUUAAAUAUUUGCAAUGCACAUUUUGAAAAGAAUUUUUAGCACUGAAUUAUUAAAUAUUUUUUUUAAUUUUUUUUUUGAUUUAUUAUUAGAGAAAUUUCACUUAUAUACAUACAUAAAUAACAUAACAUAAAUACAUAUAUAUAAUAUACUCAAUCGUAUUAAAAUUUAGUAUAUAACUGUAACCCUCGUAUACAUACAAUAUAUAAUAACAGAUACAAUGUUUAAGACGAUAUUAAAGACAAGCUAAUAAACAACAUAAAUAAAUAGUUCUUUAAUAAAUUUAAAAAAAAACUAAAGAACAAAUAUUCGAAUAAAUAAAAAUAAAAUCCUAUAUCUGCUAACAGAUAUUUUUAGUUAAAA